AUGGCCCAUAGCCAGAGUCAAUCUGAAGACCACUCAAACGGCUCUGCUCAUCGUGGAGGAGGCCGCAAAGAUGAUCGUAGAGGUGACCGCAAAGACCGCAAAAGCUCAAAGCGUGCCGACAAUAAGUCUGGCGCAGGAAGCGCACAAUCUUCCUCUUCUUCGAGAGAUCGCCACUACGAGCCCCAGUAUGAUCCGCAUUAUGCGCCAGUGGCUCGCCCGAUGCGUAAUGACCUUACACAUUUGGCGAGUGCGAUGAAUAAUCCCACUUUAAACGCGGGAUUCUUACCCCUACAUGGGGUAGUCGACGCGUCUCGCUCUGGAGCAGGCGCGGUGCCUCACUCCUUCGGCAGGAGCGGGCCCAACGCACCUCAGGCGGGCCAAGCACACCAAGUCCAGUAUGCAACAUACCCGCCCCAAGCGCAGCAAAUCUCCCACCUAUCACCAGGCUAUGACCGUACCGACCCCUACAAUGCUAUCGGGUACGUCCGAGUCGAUGGACAAGUCUACGACGACUCCGAAUUGUACGAGGACUACAGGCAGUGCGACCGAGACGAAGAACUCGACGACAACUAUAGCGAAAACUGGUACAAUGUACGAGGUGAUGCGUCCUACUAA